UGAAUUUGCGGCGCCAUGCAACCUUCUCCGACUAAAGUUAAUCCAGAUUUAGCCAAAGAGCGAAAAAAAGCUUCAUUCAACCCGACGGAGUUGACGUACCUCCUUUACGGAGGAAAGCAUAAGACAGAACGGAAACGAUUCCUAGAGUCAUUGUUAGUGAAAGAUCCAGUGUUUUGCAAAGAAGAUGCAUACAUCCUUGAUCGCAAACAUGGCUACGAGAGGGCUUUACAAAGAGGAUUACGAGCUGUUGAACUGUGUAAGGAACACCAAAUCACUGAUCCAGAUGAAAUCACCUUAUUAGGGAGGUUUGCUGGGACUAUAUUUCCAUUCCACUUGAACAAAGUUAUGUUUAUUCCCACUUUAAAGGGCCAAGGAACUGAGGAACAGAAAGCUAAGUGGCUGCCUCUUGCAGAAUCAAAUCAGAUCAUUGGAACUUAUGCACAGACUGAACUUGGUCAUGGAACUUUUAUUCGUGGCUUAGAGACUACAGCAACAUAUGAUAAAAGCACACAAGAGUUUAUUAUUCACUCACCAUCACUGACUGCAUGCAAAUGGUGGCCUGGAAAUUUGGGAAAGUCUUCCAAUUUUGCCAUCAUACCAGCAAGACUAAUAGUGGAUGAAAAGGAUCAUGGGAUACAGAUGUUUAUUGUUCAGUUGCGUGAUCUGGAUACUCACCAACCUUUGCCUGGUAUAACAGUAGGAGACAUUGGAGCCAAAUUCUCUCCUUUUACAAAUGUAACAGACAAUGGAUUUCUGAUGUUUGAUCAUGUCCGGAUUCCUCUUAACCAGAUGCUUAUGGGGCUAGCGAAGCUUUCGCCUGAUGGCACGUUCACAAAGUCAGGAAACUCCAAGCUUUUGUAUGGCUCUAUGAGUUAUGUGCGGACAGUAAUUGUUGUUGAUUGUUUUUGGUUACUGUCCCAAGCAAUCACCAUUGCCUUGCGUUACAGUGCAGUGAGACGGCAAGGUCGACCCAAAUCAGACGAGCCUGAGGCCCAGCUUAUCCACUACAAGACACAGCAAUAUAAACUGUUACCAGGUUUAGCUAUGGCUUACGCUACAAAGUUUACGUUUGACCGUGUGUGGAAAUUGUAUGAAGAAUCCCAAAGGAAUUUUGCGGCAGGGGACUUCUCUAUGUUACCAGAGCUUCAUGCAAUCACUAGUGGUCUGAAAGCGUUCACGACAUCAACAGCCAUGCGUCAUGCAGAGACGUGCCGACUGGCUUGUGGUGGACAUGGCUACUUACUGUACAGUGGUCUUCCUGACUUUUAUGCAGUGUUGAAUGCUUCCUGUACUUACGAGGGAGAUAAUGAUGUCCUUUACUUGCAAGUCGCUAGGUAUCUGGUAAAAAUCGCCUCACAAGUUCAAGAAGGAAAGACUCUUCCACCAUCACUUAAAUAUAUGUCACGAAAAUGUGAACAUUGUCCAGUUAUAAACGGAGAGGGAUUCUUAGAACCUGAAGUUCAAAGAACAAUUUACCAGGAAAGGACUGCAAGUGAAAUGAGGACUGUAGCAGGAACACUUCAAAGGAGAAUACUUUCUGGAAUGGAUCCUGCCGAUGCGUGGAAUGACUUGUCUGUAGACUUAGUGCGCUGUGCCAAGGGCUACAGUAACAGUGUAAUGGUUUCCUAUGUGUUGGAUUCGAUGGAGAACCUCUCUGGAGUCAGCCCAAAUUCACGCACGGUCCUGAAAUCUCUAUCAGACCUAUUUGUUCUGUGGGGUAUCACUGAAAACUCAGGUAGUUUUCUUGAGGCUGGAAUUCUGAACUGCAGCCAAAUUCAAACCAUUCGACAUCAAGUUUAUGCAUUGAUGGAACAGCUCAGACCUGAAGCAGUCGCUCUAGUGGACGCGUUCGAUCAUUCAGAUUACUUACUUAAUUCACCACUGGGACGCUUCGAUGGCAAAGUUUAUGAAGACCUUUUCAGAUGGGCUCAAAGAUCAGAAUUGAAUGAUCAGGAGGUACAGCCAGGCUACUACAAGUACCUGCGGCCGAUGAUGCGUGACAACAAAUCUAAACUGUAGCAAUAGUUACACAAACUUGUUCGGACUUACCACAAGUCCUUGUGAAAUUCAAUCUUUGAUAGCCCCUCUGAGCUGCCAGAGAGACCUUUUGGUCUGCUUUGUUUUCACGUGAUUUGUGGGCGGCAAUUCCGCCA